AUGACCGACUCGUCAGAACCAGAUGCCAAUACCCUUCAUUCUCGUCCCGCCAUGCCAUUCCCCUCUUGCAAAUCCGAAUGUCUUAACGAUGGACUCGCUAUAGUACCGGAAGAUGGGGACAUGCAAUUUGAUACGUCCGGCCGAAGCUGGCACGACGUCGACCAGUCCACCGCCAUUGAACACCUGGUCACGCUCAAGCAGGGUCUGAGAACAUCCGAUACCGAGCUGUUCUGGAAACGGCUCAUGGAGGAUAUUACAUCGAUCAGUAAAGCACAAUAUGCCUUUGUGGCUCGUCGGGUACAUGGCGGGGAGCCCAUGGCCGAACUGGGUGGGCGCCGGGCGUCGCUCUUCGGUGCAGUAUUUUAUUAUAACGACGGCUAUCAGAACGUCGGACUGCAGCGGAACCGGUAUUUCGCUGGCGGAAACCCUCUGUGCCAUAUGGACCAUGAAAGGCCGUGUUUAAUACCCGAAAACCUGAAAUUAUUGCUUUCCUUUCCCGACGAUCAGCUACCCUUUCCUGCAGAGGCGUAUCUGGCUAUCCCACUCUUCUCCGCUGGUAAAUGUCUGGCUUAUUUCGGCUUAAUGUGGUCGGCAGAGGGUAUCCGGAACCGAAACCUGUCAUGGUCGUUCCUAGAGGUAGUCUUGCAUUCGUUGGAGGACAUGAUCGUUGCGCAGCUGCUUCAGGACAACGUCUUCCCGGAGCAGGAGAUUUCAGCGUUUCCACCAAUUCCCACAGCCAUUCAAAAUACAGCAACUGUCACUCUUCCUGCGUCCCCUGAUUUCACGUCUCAACCUCUCAAACCCUACGCUCGCAGCCUAUCCCAUGAAUUACGAACCCCGAUGCAAGGCGUGGUAGGCAUGCUUGAUGUGAUGCAUGCCACCGUGCGAGAGGCCAUGGAAAGCAAGACCCCUGUCAAAUCAGGGGGCAUUUUCCAGGCUCUCAAAGAGGGCAUUGAGAUGGUUCAGGAUAGCGCACGCCGUGCCGUCGAAGCCGCUGAUAAUGUUGUUCACGCCUACGACCUCAACAUGCAGGUCCCAAAAACACCCACACCACAACGGGAGGAAGACAAUGGGUUUUUCCCUCGCGCUCCGCUAGGUGAGCCCGCAGAAAGUCGUCCAAGUGUUUUCAUCGAAGGAAACAAUAUUGCUGUGAAUCCGUAUAAAAGACGGCGGAGUCUUCCUUUGGAUAUGGCAUCCUGCGCAUCACGCCCGGCUCGGAGACAGAGAGUUCGUGCGGCUUCUUCACGGCAGGAAUUGUCUCCCCGCAGUGAAGAAGUCAAAAACGCCGUCCAUGAGAGUGACCAGAUCGUCCAAGCCACCACCCCAGCCCGCCAGAUUGAAGAAGUGAUGGCCAGUAUGGUAGACCCACGCCCAUCAAUUGCAGUUCGACGAUCAGCCCCGAAUCUCCUUCUAGAAGGCAUUAAUAUGAAUCUCCGGGGCCCAGCUCUGCGCUUCACAAAACUACGGGACCUGCUUCGGUUAGUCAUUAACGAGUCUCUUCAUGUUGGCGGCCGUCCGGAUUCCGCCGAGAGCAAGGCGACCGAGUUUGGCGAGAAGAUUGAGAUCCGAUCUCGAUCCUCAAACGGUGAAAUUCGAACCAAGACCGUGGAUUGGUCUGUUGACCCAGCCUUGCCCGAUACUCUUCUAGCUGAUGACCGAGACUUGGCUAAGCUGAUCUCCUGUGUUUUCCUAAACGCUAUCAAGUUCACUAACAAUGGCACGAUCACUGUCUGCGCGACUAUCGACUCCAAGAAUAACGACGUAUUAAUUCGUGUGCGAGACACAGGCUCAGGGAUCCCAGAGGCAUUCUUACCGAAUCUUUUUAAGCCCUUCGCUCGUGAAGAUGCCUCAACAACCCGGAGUAAAGAUGGACUGGGCCUUGGUCUCCUUGUGGCCAAGGGACUUUCUCGAAAAAUGGGAGGUGAUCUGAUUUGUGUCCGUUCAUCGACUACCGGUCCCGACCAUGGCUCUGAAUUCCAGAUUCGGGUUCCUGUGAAUCAGCGUGAAGCUCUGUGCGGUGGGAGUAGUUUCAUCUGGGAACCCACGUUACCAAGCUCACCCUCUCUUCUGCAAAACGAGCGACUUCAACAGCCCACUCCAAGCACCUCGGAUGAAAAGUCGUCACAGAGUCCUACUUCGCCUCAUACUCUGACAAGACCUCAACUCAAUCCAAGCGCCAUCUCUCAGGAUUCAUACGACAAGAGGCUUGGAGAAAAAUACCCCUUGCGUUUUCUUGUUGCAGAGGAUAACCGAAUCAACCGACGUGUGUUGGUCAACAUGCUGCGUAAGCUGGGCUAUCGCGACGUACUUGAAGCUGCCGAUGGCCGAGAAGCUGUGCAAAUCGUACAAGAUAUUAUCAACGCAUCUAAUCUUGCCAAUAACUCAACCAAGUUCCCCAAAAUCGUGGACGCAUCCACUAAGUCUGCUCGGCCAGAUUCUCACGACAUCAGACCCAUUGACAUUGUGCUCAUGGAUCUUUGGAUGCCCGAAAUGGACGGCUACGAGGCAACCUCCAGGAUCCUUCAGAUGGUUGACAAUCACCAGAGCCAGUCCUCUGGUUCCAGCAAUGCAUCUCCAAAUACACCCAAUCACCCUGACUCCAUGGAUGUGGAUGCCUUGAGCACAUUGCAUUUGGCACCGCCUCCUACUGUCCUUGCUGUGAGCGCGGAUGUCAGCGACGAGGCGUUGAACCGUGCCUCUAGAGUGGGAAUCAAGGGCUACAUGACCAAGCCAUACAAACUCUCCGACCUUGAACGACUGAUCCUCGGAUUCUGCGGUAGUCCUGGCGACCCAGUUCCGAUGGUGACUAUGUAA